CCAUCUCUCUUCCACUUCCUCCUCCUCCUGCCCCCUCCCCAUCAACUUCAUAACCCCCUAAAUCCUCCCUCUCCUUCCUCUUUAUUUUAUUCAUUUCUCUCCCCAAAAACCCAAUAAAUCCCAAAAAUAAAAAAGAAAGAGAGAGGAAGGAUAAACAAAUAUGAGAGGUGAGUAUGUUGACAGCAAGAGUGACUCCCAAAACAUCUUCUCCAAGCUUCACCACCCAAACCAACAAAACCCCCACCACCAACACUUACACCACCACGCCCACCAAUUCUCCAGCCCCUUCCAAGUCAUCCCCCUCCGCGAAUCCCAAACCUCCGAAGAAGAAGACACCAGCCGAACCAGCAGCGGCACAGCCACCAUCACCACCACCAACCCAUCUCCCCACAAUCCCCACCCCAACUCCUCCUCCGACCCCAACAACAUCAACAACCCAUCUGCCGAUGGCGCCACCAUUGAAGUCAUCCGACGGCCCCGAGGCCGCCCACCUGGCUCCAAAAACAAACCCAAGCCCCCCGUCAUCAUAACUCGCGAUUCUGAGCCUCCAAUGAGCCCCUACAUUCUCGAAGUGCACUCCGGAAACGACGUCGUCGAAGCAGUCUCCCGCUUCUGCUCUAGCAAAAAUAUUGGGCUCUGCGUUCUCACCGGCUCCGGAACCGUGGCAAACGUCACCCUUCGCCAGCCGUCAACUACGCCAGGCGCCACCGUAACUUUUCACGGCCGUUUCGACAUCCUCUCCAUAUCCGCUACUUUCCUCUCCCAAUCGUUGCCGUCUUGCCCCGUCUCCAACCCCAGCGGCUUCACCAUCUCUCUGGCGGGCCCGCAGGGCCAGAUCGUCGGGGGCCUCGUGGCCGGAGCCCUAAUAGCCGCAGGAACCGUUUACCUAGUCGCCGCGUCGUUUACCAAUCCUUCUUACCAUCGGCUCCCCGUGGAAGACGAGGUGGUCAGGAACUCGGGUGAGGGUGAGGGUCAUUCGCCGCAGGUUUCUGCGGGUGCAGCAGAGAGUGGGGGACACGCGCCGCAGCCGUCACAAACGUGUGGGAUGACCAUGUACAGCGGUCACUUGCCUACUGAUGUAAUAUGGGUUCCAACUGCAAGGCAACCACCGCCUCCACCGCCUUACUGAGAACCUUGAUGUCUCUCUUAUUCGCCUUUUUUGUAUUCUGUCUCUAGUUACUGUGAAUUAAGAAACGAGAAGCUACUUUUAUUGUUUUUUUUUGUAACUUUGGGUACUUUACAUUUUAAAUUUCUUGUUUAAUUUCUAUGUGAAUUACCGUUGGUAUUCUAUGCGAUUUUGGUUGUGUGUUUUCA